AUGAUCCCCCAACCAUACGACGCGAUUCGUGUAGCGUUAGGCGACCCGAUUAUUUUAAUUUUGCUCGGUGCUUUCGUAGUUCUAUGGUCUACCAGAUCUUCCGGCUACAAGUACAAGAGAAUCCCAGGGCCAAAGGGACUACCAUUAAUUGGCAAUCUCCUUCAAUGGCCCACCACCAGGCCAUGGCUGGUCCUAGAUAAAUGGCACAAAGAAUACCAGUCCGACAUCAUCUCAGUCAACCUCGCUGGGCUACAAAUCGUCGUUUUGGGAUCGAUGAAGCGGGCAUCCGACCUUCACGAGAAGCGAUCAGCUGUCUAUGCAAACCGACCGCACAUGACUGCAUUGGUAGAAAUCAUGAACUUCGAGGACUGUCUCUUCGCAUUUCACCAAUAUGGUCCCCAAUGGAGGCAACACCGGAAGCUAUUCAACGACCACUUCCAAGCCCAUGCCAUCCCGAGAUACCAUCCAUCCAUGGUUCGUGAAGCCCACAUCUUAGCACAGCAAAUACUCCGUGCUCCUGAGAAAAUCUUGCAGCACCUUCGGCACGUGUAUCCAGCUAUACUCAUGGACGUCACGUAUGGAAUCCGGUUGGCACCAGAUGACAACUAUUUCGUUUCUUUGGCGGAGGAGGCGAUGUCUGGCCUCAGCGUAUCUACUAUCAAUGGGACCACAUACCUUGACAUAUUCCCUUUCAUGAAGUACAUCCCGGGGUGGGUACCUGGCGCCGGGUUUAAACGAGCCGCGGAGCAUGCGCGGAACGUGAAUAUAGCUGCUGCUAUAGAACCAUGGGCGAUGGCGAAAAAAAUGUUGGCACCCGAUUCAGUCCUCGCUAAACUCUUGGAUACAACGAACAACGAUGAUGUACUCUCACGGAACACCGCUUCUGCUGCGUACCUAGCCGGCUCCGAUACAACUGUCUCCACGGCUCAUACUCUUGUCCUCGCCCUGGCUAUGCACCCAGAGGUGCAGAGAAAAGCCCAAAAGGAGUUGGACGAAGUGGUCGGAGUCAAUCGCUUACCAACGUUCGAGGACCGCAACCAACUGCCGUAUAUCAACGCGAUAUUCAAAGAGGCAUCAAGGUGGCAGACUGUGACCCCCCUUGGGAAUUCGCGCAGAAGUCUCGUAGACGAUGUGUAUGAAGGUUAUUUUAUCCCGAAGGGAACAAUUGUGUCAAUUAAUAUGUGGUCAAUCCACCACGACCCAGAAAACUAUCCCAACCCGUUUGCCUUCGACCCUGAUCGUUUCAUGAAGGACGGGAAGCUCAACCCAGAUGUUCUUGAUCCAACCAGUGUAGCUUUUGGGCUUGGUAGGAGGGUAUGCCCCGGUAGAUUCUUCAGCAACGACGCUCUCUAUAUAACCUUCGCAACUUUGCUGUCCCUUUUCAAUUUCGCUCCUCCUCUUGACGCCGAUGGAAAGCCUAUCGCUUUGAAGGCAGAGAUGAUGACGGGCUUAAUUUCACAAUGCACGCCCUAUAAGUGCAGAGUCACCCCUCGAUCAGCCAAUGUUGCCAAGCUGCUCUCUGAUUUGGACGUGUAG